AUGGAUGAAGUGUAUGAAAAGUACACACAGCGGUCAAGCGGUUCAAUCCUGAACAGCGUCAGUCAGGUCCUUCGUAACCUCACGGUUGGCCAGCAGCCUGCUAGUGAUCCUCCAUUGCCAACUACGCACUUCUUGCGGCAGCCACUCGAUCCGGACUAUUUCGAUCCUUCAGAGGACUGGAGAGGCGUACAACAAUUUGGGCAGAGCAUGUCGACUGGUGUGGGUUUGUGGUUGCGAUACGAUCAAGAUGAGAACAUCGUUGAUCGAAUUGUGCGCAAAGAUCUGUCGCUAAGUGCGGCACGAUGGUCCAGCCCAGACGAUUGGUACGGCAAUGUCAACGACAUUCAUCAUCGUAUACCCAUGGAAUACUGGCUGCAGCACAAAUGUGCAGCUGCUUCUAACAAGCAUUUUGUAGGAAUGCGGACUUAUCAUCAAGAUCACCAACGGCAGAUGAUAUCGCUGUACAAUGAACACUGCCCGCAUAGAGACUUGCAUGCGGUGCUUGUGGAAUACAUUGAAAUGAGCAUCAUGCAAGAUGAGGAUAUAGUGUUGCCAGAGACCGCGCUCUGGUACAUAUUUCGACACUUAGUAGAACAAUGCUUGAUCAUGCGACGGGGCUCUGUUGAUAGGCCUGUUUGGGGCUGGAAGCAGAUCGUCCACUGCGACAUCAAACCUCCCAACGUAUUCCUCGACUAUCCAGACAAGAACGAAUUCACUUCUUACCCUACUCCGAAAAUGGCCGACUUUGGCUUGGCCAUAGAGACUUUCCGAAAUGAUCCCAAUAAUCCGCGCGAAGUAGGUGGAACGCAGCCCUAUCAGGCCCCCGAGCAACUUACCUAUCGGGUGGCACACGGCCCUUGGGCAGUAGGCUUGCCUUUGCUCGACUAUUCCAACAUAUACGCCAUCGGAGCAACGAUGUAUGCGCUUAUGUGCGUGGACCAAGAUGUCGCACACCGAAUGCAGCCCAAAUUCCUCAGGCUCGAGGAAAGAUGGACCUUUACCCCCGCUGCCGUACAUGGUUAUGGUGAUGCACUUAAGGACUUGGUAAUGAGGUGUCUUGAAUGGGAACCCAAGAAACGACCAAAAGACGUGGACCUCCUCGCGGAGAUCAGAGCUACUAUCAACAACCUCCAGGGUGAUGUCGGCGAUAACCUGCGGCGAGCACAGAAAGCGGAAGAGACAGGCCACGAGUACAAUUUGUGGUAUCCAGAGGAGGCGUACAAGCUUGGCUUCGCGAGAGGCGUUCCAGAAGAUGGGGAUGUGACGGCUGGCGGUCAACGUACCCGUACUCGCAGCAGCAGCGACCAUGAGACGAUACCGAUGGCGCAGCCUGCUGGGCGGCGGAUGAUGCUCUCGAGCGGUUCCGACCGUUCUGGACGUGUGCAGAGGAGUACUCGAGCUUCCCGCAGGCCAAGCCGCCCGAGGUUCUCUUUUGAGCCCAGUCGGUGA